GAUGAAAAUAUGUAGCGAUUUAAGUAGAUAAAUAGUACUCGAAUUUAAGUAACAAUAGUACCACUCCACAAGUCAACGUUUUUUGUAUAGAUUGAGUAAAAUAAAAGGAGCAAAAUUCGGGACACUAAAACAACUUUUUCCGUCACUCACACACUCCCACUACUAUAUAGGUCUUUAUUAUUUGAAAACAAACCAACUCAAAGCUUAUUCGCGCUUUGACUUUCUCUCUCCAUAACUAAACCCUAUUCUUUCUCACUUUUCCAAACCACCAUGUCUCCGACUCAUCCCCGCCGUGUUCACUCAAAUAUCUUGCUCGGAUGCACCGGCGCCUCCGUCAAAAUCCCAAAGCUUCAUUCACAAGUUUAUUAUUUCCCACUAGGUCACUUACACCACGCCUCCCCUUCCCCAACCACUCACACACUCUCCAUUCUCAAUCGUCACCGUUCCAUCAUUCCUUGUCUCGUCUCCACCGUUGAUCUUCUUGCUGAUACUCACUCCGAUGAAGUCUUUGCCAAACUUCUCCUCACUCCCGUAACUACCUUCCGUCUCCAAGAACCUCAAGAUCAUUCCGUUUCCGACGACGCCGAUAAAGUUGUUUCAUCUGUCAAGAUCCUAUCUCAGUCCGAUGCUAAUAACGGCGGUGCAUUCUCCGUACCGCGCUCCUGCGCCGACACGGUCUUCCCGAAACUUAAUUUCGAGGCCGUACCGCCAUCUCAGGAACUCUUCAUCACCGACGUUCACGGCGAAGUCUGGAAGUUUACUCACACUUUUCGCGGGAAUCCUCGGCGACACUUGUUCACGACUGGAUGGAGUACUUUCGUGAACAAGAAAAAACUCGUCGCCGGGGAUUCGGUUGUUUUUAUGAAAAACUCGACCGGAGAGAUAUUCGUCGGGAUUCGAAGAAUCAUGAAAUUCGAAGCCACCUCAGCUGCAGAGGUGUCAGAGGAGAACAAGGAGUUUGAGGGAUUUUUGAGGAACGGGAAAAGGGGGAAAGUAACGGAGCAAGCGGUUAGAGAGGCGGCGGAAUCGGCGGAGAAGAAGAAUGCGUUUGAGGUUGUGUAUUAUCCGAGUGACGGUUGUUGGUGUGAUUUUGUGGUGGAUGCUAAGGUGGUUGAUGAAGCUAUGAAGAUCGAUUGGAGUUGUGGAAUGAGAGUGAAGCUUUGUUUGGAGAAUGAUCGUGAUUCUUCAAAGAUGAAAUUAAUUCUGGGGACAAUCUCUAAUGUCUCUACUGCUACUCCAUGGCGCAUGCUUCAGGUUAACUGGGAUGGAGCUGAAGUAUCAGAGAAUCUAAAGCAAGUGAGUCCAUGGCAAGUUGAAGUUAUUUCACAGAUGCCUGCACUACAUUUAGCAUUCCCCCCAACAAAAAAGUUUAGAGCUACUCAUAAUUCAAGUGGCAUAGAGGGAUCCACUACAAUACAGUUUCUUUGUUCAACAGCGAAAUCCUCAAACAGAACACCUUUGAAUUAUGAUACUUUAGAUGCUAGCAUAAAGGGAGUCAGGCAAAAUCUUCUAUCUGUAUCAGAUAAGGGCAAUAGUUUCAUUGGGGUUAAUUCAGUGGCAGGAUUGAGUAUUGUGUCAACAGAGCUAACCCUUCACAGUUCUAUAUCUACUAAUGACAGCUCGUCGGAUACCAAUAUUAGUAUCGAUACCAAAAAGGCUACUUCCCCUUCAAUUAUGCUAUUUGGUACCAUCAUACAACCUGUUCAAUGUGAUUUUCAAGAUUCUGGUAUCAAGACCUCUGAUGAUGAAAUUCAAGAUAUUCACAAAGCUUGCACAAAUGGGUGAAUAGAAAAUAAUAAUUCACUGAUAUAGGGAUGUUCUCUCGUCCUCAAUCAUGACGAGGAUCCAGAUUUUGUGCUAACAUAGGGUUGGUUAGGUCUAUUGAAGAGACUUGUGCAGUUCAACAUUAAGUAAAUAUUUUGCACUUCCUAUAAGUCAGAUUUUUUAUUCUGAUUUUUAUGUUGAAAAAUAAUUGCUAAACACCCAUUUAGGUGUAUAUACCUUGGGUUCUUGAGAGAGUAAUAGAUAAAAAAAUAAUAAUUAAUAAAUAUGAUACGAUAGGAGGAGAGAUGGAUAGAGGUAAAAGGAAUAUCGGAAAAUAUUGGAGGUUUAUGUAUCAUCACUA